UGGCUUAAACGUGCCACACUCAGAUCGACUCGUAAUGAAACCACACACACCAACCGCUGCACUUAAAAAUAUCGCUUCGCUUGCACCCUCUAAACCUGCCAUCUCCCUCCAAAAUGUCGAAACUUUCAUCGACGCCCGAAGCAUCAAAACGGGUUUCGAUCGAAACACCUGCCGUUCCAACUUUAUGGUUGAAAGCCUCCUCAGGAAGGGAAAUCUCUCGGGAGCUCGUCAGUUGUUCGACAAAAUGGCUAACAGGAACACUGUAUCUACAAACAUGAUGAUUUCGGGUUAUGUCAAAUCAGGAGAUCUUUUGAGAGCCAGGGACAUGUUUGAUGCCAUGCUUGAUCGAACUGCGGUUACGUGGACCAUCAUGAUUGGUGGGUACUCGCAGAAGAGUCAAUUCCAUGAAGCCUUUAGGCUUUUCGCUGAGAUGCGAAGACAUGAUACACAGCCCGAUCCUGUGACUUUUGCUAGUCUUUUAUCAGGUUGCAAUAACGCCGAGGCGGACAAGGAAUUGAUUCAAGUUCAUGCUUGCGUGCUUAAGUUGGGAUACCAUUCCAGUCUCUUAAUCUGUAAUUCGCUGGUUGAUUCUUAUUGCAAAAGUAAUCACCUUGAUAUGGCUUCUCGGGUUUUCGUUGACAUGCCUGAAAGAGAUUCCGUUUCUUUUAAUUCAAUGAUCAAUGGGUUUGCAAAAGAUGGUCUAACUGAAGACGCGAUAACACUCUUUCUGGAGAUGCAAAAUUGCGGUAUAAAGCCUUCUGAUUUUACUUUUGCUGGAGUUUUAACUGCUGCUGUUAGAUUAAAUGACUUGGUCUUCGGGCAACAAAUUCAUGGGUUUUUGGUGAAGACCGGGUUUGUUUGGAAUGUCUUUGUGGGAAAUGCAUUGCUUGAUUUCUACUCGAAGCAUGAUUGUUUAGUUGGAGUCAGGAAGUUAUUCGACGAGAUGCCGGACUUGGAUGGCAUUUCUUACAAUGUAAUCAUCACAUGCUAUGCGUGGUUUGCACAGCAUGAUGAAGCUAUUAGACUCUUCCGUGAAUUACAGUUUACAUGCUUUAACCGGCGGCAAUUCCCAUUUGCCACCAUGUUGAGCAUAGCAGCUAAUGCACUAGACCUGAAAAUGGGGCAGAAAAUCCAUUCCCUGGCUAUCGUGACUACAGCUGCUUCAGAACUUGUGGUUGGGAAUUCUUUAGUCGACAUGUAUGCGAAAUGUGGCAAAUUUGAAGAAGCUGAAAAGAUAUUUAGGACUCUAGCCAAGAGAAGCACAGUUCCAUGGACUGCCAUUAUCUCAGGUUAUUUUCAGAGAGGAUUCAACGAGGAAGGCCUGAAUCUGUUCAAUGAGAUGCAUAAAUCUGGUGUAAGAGCAGAUCAGGCCACGUUUGCUAGCAUCUUAAAAGCAUCUGCUAAUUUGACUUCACUAUCACUGGGGAAACAGAUUCACUCAUUUAUAAUCAGAUCAGGCUUCGUGUCAAAUGUUUUUUCAGGAAGUGCACUUCUGGAUAUGUACGCGAAAUGUGGCUCCAUAAAAGAUGCUAUUCAGCUUUUUCAGGACAUGCCUGAAAGGAAUAUAGUCUCUUGGAAUGCCUUGAUCUCAGCCCAUGCUCAAAAUGGGGAUGCUAAAGCCACCCUUGAUACAUUCGAAAAGAUGGUUCAAUCAGGUUUCCAGCCGGAUUCAGUCAGUUUCCUCAGUGUUUUAUCUGCUUGCAGUCACUGCGGACUUGUUCAAGAAGGGUUGAGAUAUUUCAGAACCAUGACUGAAAUUCAUAAUCUUGUUCCAAAGAAACAACACUAUGCGUCGAUGGUUGAUAUGUUAUGCCGGAGUGGACAGUUUCAUGAGGCACAGAAGAUGAUGGCUGAAAUGCCAUUUGAACCUGAUGAGAUUAUAUGGUCAUCGGUUCUAAAUUCUUGUAGGAUACAUAAGAACCAAGAAUUAGCUAUGAAAGCAGCAGACGAGCUAUUCGGAAUGGAGGUGCUUAGAGAUGCUGCUGCUUAUGUCAGUAUGUCCAAUAUCUAUGCAGCAGCCGGCCAGUGGGACAAUGUUGGGAAGGUAAAAAAGGCGAUGAAAGAUCGCAGAAUUAGGAAGGUUCCGGCUUAUAGCUGGGUUGAAGUAAGACACCAGCGUCAUGUGUUCUCAGCAAAUGACAUGUUACAUACUCAGAUGGAAGAAAUCCGGAAAAAGAUCGAUAUAUUGUCGGAACGGAUGGAGAAGGAAGGUUACAGGCCUGAUACAAGUUGCGCCCUUCAUGAUGUAGACGAGAAAAUGAAAGUUGAGUCUCUUAAGUACCAUAGUGAGCGGUUAGCAAUUGCAUUUGCGCUGAUAAGUACACCCGAAGAAUCACCAAUACUAGUGAUGAAGAACUUACGGGCAUGCACAGACUGCCAUGCUGCAAUCAAGGUAAUCUCAAAGAUUGUUAGAAGGGAAAUCACAGUGAGGGAUUCAAGCAGGUUCCAUCAUUUUAAGGAUGGAAUCUGCUCCUGUGGGGAUUAUUGGUAGUUCAUAGAAGGCAUAUUGCCUUGUUGAUUGGCCUGAUAGUCCAUUGAAUAAUUGA